CGUCUAUCUGCAACCAGAGAGAUGAAUGGACAGUACGUUUACUGUGUGGUGGAACAUCCAGCACUGAAGACUGCUGAACAAUUGGGUUAUCAGUUAAACAUUCAUUAUGUGCCAUCAGUUGCCAUUACAGUUGUGAAGACUGACCAAGAUAAUUUACAGCUGAAAUGUAAUGCAGAUGCUAAUCCUCCAUCUACAGGAAUCAGAUGGACAAGAAUGAAUGAUACAAACCCAAUAUUCAACAAAGUACAAGACGAUAGCAUGCUGAAGGUGCCUAUUUUGACUUCUGACAAUAACAGGCUCUACAUGUGUGAAACCAGCAACAUAAUCGGCUCUGCUAAAAGUUCAAUAUAUCUGCAUCAAUGUGAACCCCAACAACGGCUACACAUUAUAGUUUACAUUAUAAUUGUGCUCCUUGUUACUGUAAUAGCUGCUCUCAGCUUUCUUCUUAUCCGUAAGAAAAUUGCAUCAAGAAGCAAUGAAGUACGGUUGAAUAUGUACUUAUGAAUGCAACAAUUUUACACAUCGAAUCUCUUAACAAAGUUGGAAUUUUUCUGGUGAAAGCCUAAUCAAUGCAAAUGUAAUAACUCUUCUCGCAAGAAACUAACAAAAGCGUUAUACGUUUUGAAAAUAUUAAUAAUAUUUUAUAUAAAUACAAUAUAAAGCAGGAAAAGAAACAAGGACAUGAAAGGGACAGAGUAUAAAAUUAGGAAUUUUGAUUUUGAUGGAGAAUGAUGAAUGUAUAUUCC